GUGUGUCGAUCAUGAUCCCUCGAGUCUGUCCCCCGCGCAUGCUGUGCAAGGCGAGGGCGAGACUAGUUGCAACGGAGAUAGCCUCAGCGGUGCGACAGGAGUGCUGUUCGGCUGUUGGUGCAACCAGCAGGCGGCAGCUUGGAACAACAGCAGCAGCAAGCACGGCCGGCGGCAACGGAAGCAGAGGCAACCACCACCAACAGCAAGAUAAGGGUGAAGAAGAGGGAGGACGACCGGAACGAAGUGUCGCUACUGUAGGUGCCUCUCCAUACACGCUGCCGCCACCGACGUGGUCGCUCUCGGACCUAAAUGUUACGGACGACGACGAACGCGGAGGAGAUACAGCAAGGAGCGCUGUGCUCAGCAACGAGGAGGUGGCCAAGCUGUGUGCACUUGCGCACAUCGAACUCGCACCCGAAGGCGCCGAUGGCAGCUGCAGCAGCGGGAAACUCGACGUCUCCGCCGUAAAGAAAGACGUCGGGGCAAUGCUAAGGUGCAUGCAGACUAUGCGAAGGGAGAUCGACGACAGUAGCGGCGGCGGCGGCGGCAGGGGUAACCAAGAAAUUGAAGGGGAAGAAGGCGAGGACGGACCUUGGGGGGGAGCUGUAUCGUGGGCCGCGCCUUUGGAAGAGGACGUGGUAUCAGAUGGAGGCAUACAAAAGGAAGUACUAGGAGCAGCCCAACACACGGAAGAUGGCUUCUUCACCGCCCCCAAGGUGGUGUAGAUAGAGAGAGCUCUCGUGCGGUAAGCACGUA